AUGAGGAAGGUUUUGUUUGUGGAGCCUGUCAUUUUCGUCUACGUGUUUGCGUCUUCCCUGACGAGCCCGCUGGUGCAGCAGUUCAUCUACCGGCAGCUCUGGGAAGAAGAGUACAAUUCCACUUUUGUAAGCAAUAGCAAUGUCAGUCACUGCGAGCAGAAUAAAAGUAGCCCGGCUUAUAUCGAGCAGAAGGUAGUUCAAGAAAAAGCCUCUCUUUUUAAUAUGCAGUUAGACUUAACUGGGGCUGUUCCCAGCCUUAUAGUUGCCUUUGUCAUUGUAGCUAAUGGGGAUCGCCAGGGACGCAAAAGAUCUUUAGUUUUACCAUCAGUGGGAGCUUUGCUUGCUAAUAUUUGCCUCACUGUAAUAUCAUAUUUUUCCUUGUCACUCUCUAUCCUAUUUGCGGUUGCAUUUAUUAGUGGACUGUUUGGGAGUAUAGCAACUUUCCUUGGAGGAGGUUUUGCUUAUAUAGCAGAUGUGUGUCAUGAUGAGAAGCAGAAAACAACACGAAUUGCUGUGGUGGAUUUGAUUUUUGGAAUUGUGUCUGGAUUGGCAGGGCUGUCAUCGGGCUAUAUUCUAAGAGGAAUAGGCUUUACAUGGACAUUUGUGACAGCAUCUCUGCUUCACACUGUUAAUAUUAUCUAUAUUAUAUUUUUUCUGGAAGAAACAGUAGGUAUAUCUGAAUUUCAGCAUGAGGCACCAGGAUCCUGUAAAGAACUACUUAAAGAGACAUUUUCUGGAGUGUACAUGCUUUUUAAAACUUCCCCUUACAAGAAGAGAAUUUUAAUAAUUGUGUUGCUUUUUACAUUUAUGAUGUAUUUGUUUACUGCGACUGGUGGGAGUUCGCUUUUUACACUGUAUGAGCUAGAUGAGCCACUGUGCUGGGAUGAAGUAUACAUUGGAUAUGGAGCAGCUGCCUCUACUUCUAUCUCGCUGACCAGUUUUCUUGGAGUUUACUUAUUUUCUAAAUGUCUCAAAGACAUUUAUAUUGUCUUUAUUGGGAUAUUUUCUUACAUUGGAGGAAUGAUCAUGGCUGCCUUUGCAAGAACUACCCUGCUCAUGUUUUUAGUAAGAGUGCCGUCUUUGCUCUGCUUUAUGCCUAUUCCUGUUCUCCGAGCCAUGCUGUCAAAAGUGGUUCUCACUGGUGAACAGGGUGCUGUGUUUGCUUGUAUUGCCUGUUUAGAAGUUGUGAUCGGCACUAUUUCACUUUCAGUUUUUAAUGUUCUCUAUGCAGCUACUGUUGCAUGGUUUUCAGGCUUUAGCUUCCUCCUAUCAGCAGGGCUUUGUCUAAUUCCACUGGCUGCCCUAUGCUGGCUUCUGUGCACAAGCUGGAAUGAGGAGGACUUGGCUCUGCUUGUAUCUGAAGAAGUAUCCAGCAUAGAGAGUGUUGAUAGUUGAACAAAGGAUUCAUCUACUUGGAUUUUCUAAUCUGACAUGCAGUGGCAGAGACCAUUAUGUCAUACAGAGACCACAGAGAGUACACAACAGUUGCAGAUGCAAUCUCGAAGUGGCCCUGCAGCAAUAAGCACUAAACUGGUAGCACUCUAUAUCCAGUGUCUUUUUAGCACUUUAAU